UCUAGCCAACUAUACCAAACUACAACACUAACGGAAGAAACUAACAUGAAAACUCUUCCACUAGAAAAAUCAAGGUAGUUGAACUCCUUUAUCAUAUAUUCAAAUCUACCACUUCUCUUCUCCAAAAUAUGAUUCAACCAUUGCACUAUAUAUUUUAAUCAUUCCUUACCUUACUUUAAUCAAAACAUAAAGCAUUGAAUUGUUUUCAAAUGGCAUUGAUAUCAUUAACAUUCCUAAUUAUAAUCUCCUCAUUAAACUUAAUUAAUGGACAGAUUAGUUCAUCAUCAUGCACAUCCUCUAUGAUUAGCAGCACUUUCACUCCUUGUGCUAACAUUAUUACAGGAAGCACUAAUAAUGGUUUAGUACCAUCAAGUACUUGUUGUGAAUCAUUGAGAUCUUUGAUUAGUACUAAUAUGGAUUGUGCUUGUCUUAUGAUGUCUUCCAAUUCUCCUUUUUAUCAAAUUCUUGCUAUGUCUCUUUCACAAGCAUGUAACAUUAUUAAUGGAGCUUCUGUUCAGUGCAAAGUAUCAAAUUCUCCUUUGCCAGCUCCAGGCCCAUCAGUUAUUGGAACAAAUAGCCCAACUCUUCCUUCAAGUGCUCCAACUCCCUUAAGCCCUCAAGAUUCAAAAACUUUGGCUGUGGAUGACAAACACAUAUACGAGAAUCUGCAGUUGGCAGAUGCAGGGGGACUGGCACCAUCAUCGGCACCGAUGGAAGCAGAAGCGCCGUCUAAAACUUCAAGAAUUAUACCAGUUUUGACUCCUCUUCCUCAUUCAGCGUCUUCUCCGUCUUAUUAUUUCUUCUUACCUUCUGCAUUAUUCAUAGGAAUAGCAAUAGUAUUGGUUUGUUAAUGUGCAGCAGCAUUCAUAAACACUCGUACCGAUAUUAUGCACGCAGCUGGUUGCUUUGUGUUCAUGUUUUCCCUUUUGAGCUCUGAUUAUAUAUAUACUGAUACACUUUAAUAUAACUGUUAUAUACUUAUA